AUGAACUUACUUAGAUAUGGAUUUAUGUUUGUGAAUUCAGACAAGGGCGAUUACGUUAGCAGCAGACUCCCUAAACCUGAGGACUUCUCCAAGGCUCUUUUCACCCUUGAUAUAGGGCAAAAUGACAUUGCUGCUGCGAUUAGGAAGAAGAGUAUUGAAUUUCAGCAAGUCACUGUUCCCAACAUAGUCAGCCAGUUUACAGCACAAAUCCGUGUAAGCUCUCGUGUCAAUCACUUCCAUUUAUUUUUGGGUUCACGAGGAUAUUGGGUUCUGUACAAUAAAGGAGCAAGGACAUUUUGGAUACACAACACAGGUCCUAUAGGAUGCUUGCCGAUAAGCACGAUUAAAUUCCGAGAUCCUCCGCCGGGGUAUCUUGACGAGCAUGGUUGUAUCGAAAGCCAGAACGAUAUGGCUCGGCAUUUCAAUAAACAACUCAAAGUCGAAAUUGUGAAGCUAAGGACAGAGCUUUCUGCAGCUGCGAUAGUAUAUGUGGACAUGUACAGAGCUAAGUAUGAACUAAUAAGCAAUGCCAAAAAUGAAGGUAAUUUUUAUCAGCAUGCAACUGAAGUAUAA